GGAAAACCGUUAAGGUUCGCAAGACUCACGGGAGCACUUCUGACUAGCAUACUAUUUUCGAAUUUGUAUACUAGUUUUCCUCAAAAUUAACCCAUAUUAAAUGACAUUCGUCCGUUGUUGGGGAAUAGAGAUGCACUAAGUACUACUACUUGACUAGAGUCAAAUAUUUCCCGGCAAACUCCUUAGGCGGCGCUCUGUUGCUUUCGUCUCUCUUAUUGUCUCUCUUCAGCAAAACCCUAAUUCUGCCAAUCAAUUCAAUUUAUCUUUCAAUACUAAAGAUUCAGGUAGGUUUUUAACUGAUUAAUUGUUGUUGAUUGCUCUAAUGGCGGAGAGUGAUAGAAACGAGGAAAGCGAUUACUCUUCGGAAGAUGAAGGAACUGAAGAUUAUCGAAAAGGAGGCUAUCAUGCUGUUCGUAUUGGUGAUGUUUUUAAGAGUGGAAGAUAUGUUGUUCAGAAGAAGCUUGGUUGGGGACAUUUCUCCACUGUUUGGCUCGCUUGGGACAUUCAGAAAUCUAUGUAUGUGGCUCUAAAAGUUCAAAAGAGUGCAAAGCUUUACACUGAGGCUGCAAUGGAUGAAAUUAAAAUUCUCAAACUGAUUGCAAAUGACGAUCCCGAUGACACAAAGUGUGUUGUGAAACUUUUGGAUCAUUUUAAGCAUUCAGGUUCAAAUGGACACCAUGUAUGCAUGGUGUUUCAAUAUUUAGGAGACAACCUGCUGACCCUUAUUAAGUAUUCAGAUUAUAAAGGCAUCCCACUUCAAAUGGUAAAAGAAAUUUGUUUCUAUAUAUUAGUGGCUUUGGAUUACUUGCAUCAAAAGUUGUCCAUGAUACACACUGAUCUCAAGCCAGAGAAUGUCUUGCUAUUGUCCAUGAUUGAUCCAUCUAAAGAUCCUAGGAAGACAGGUUCAAUUCCACUCCUUCCAACACCUAAAAGUAAACCUAAGCCUGAGACACGGCCCCUGGAAGUGGAAACUACUGAAAUCACAAAUGCGAACUUGACGAGGAACCAGAAGAAAAAAGUCAAGAAGAAGGCCAAACGGGUUGCGCAGAAGUGUGCAGGAGAAGAGGCAUCUGGGGAUGUUGAAACAAACACAGCAUUGCUAAAUCAAGAUACUCAAGAAGAAUCGAGUCCCAUACCGAAAUCAAAUGAAAACUCUGUUGAACAAGGAAAGAGGAGUUAUAGAUGGCACAGCCGAGCUACUAGACAAAGACUUUUGAAGUCAGUGGAUCCUAAAUGCAAAUUGGUUGACUUUGGAAAUACUUGCUGGACAUACAAAAAAUUCACAUCAGAUAUUCAGACCAGGCAGUAUAGAUGUCCAGAGGUUAUUCUUGGAUCCAAAUAUUCAACUUCAGCAGACUUAUGGUCAUUUGCCUGCAUAUGUUUUGAGCUGGCCACUGGUGAUGUUCUGUUUGAUCCCCAUCAUGGUGACAACUACAGUAAAGAUGAGGACCACCUAGCUCAGAUGAUGGAGCUGCUGGGAGUGAUGCCUCGCAAGGUAGCUUCAAGUGGACGCCGUUCGAGUGAGCUCUUCAACAAAUAUGGAGAUCUUAAACACAUCCGGGAACUAAAGUUUUGGCCUCUUAAUAAGGUGCUUAUGGAGAAGUAUGACUUUGGGGAGCAAGACGCGAACGACUUGGCAGAUUUCUUGAUCCCUAUUCUUGAAUUUGUUCCUGAGAAAAGGCCUACUGCUGCAGAUUGCCUUAAACAUUCAUGGAUUAAUCCAGGUCCUCGGCUUCGUGAGCCUUCUGUGUCUAGUGUUGAAGUUGAGGGUGCUGAUCAUGAAGUUUGUGAUGGUAAACGAGCAGGGAUUGAAGAGAUGGAAGAAAUCAAAACAGGAGUGAAGAUUCUUACUCUUGCUUUGGACUCCAAGUGCAUGGAAGAGUUGAAACAAACCCCAAUCUCGUCAACAACGGCUAAAGAGUAAUCUAUGUUGCAAUGGGUCCUAACUCCUAACUGUUUUGAGCUACGUGUUUUUCUCAAUAUGCUGCCAUGCUUUCUUGGAACUAAAUCACUAAUUGUUAUAUCCUUGACAAAUGACAAAUGACAAAUGACAAGUGACAAAUGACGAUACAUGUUGUGAUGGUGUCAUAGACAUGGCUGGUGGAGUGAUUAUGGGUCAUGUACGUUCGAUACUUUCUAUCUCCCUAUUACCCCACCCCAAUGUAAAGGAAAUGGACGAGAAGGUCUUCUUGCGAGCGAACCCGAUUUAUUAUGGAUCAAGUGAGGCUCUCAUUUUUUAUGAUCAAAUGUUCAUUUACGCUAUAAUUUUGAACAAUUUUGGAGCUUUUUUCCUUGCGUUACA